GUUUCCAGACUAGUGUUUGAGAGCAGGGCUCGAGCAGCUCGGGAGACUCGCACCUGCCUCUUUUUUUGUUUUGGUGUCUCUCCAUCAGCGCAUGGUCAGUGUCUCUGCUACCUCACGACUGGCAACUUUCCUUUUGACCUCGUGCCUGCGAGCGAGCGAACUUUUCCCAAGAUGUACAACAUGAUGGAGACCGAGAUCAAGACCCCGCUCCCGCAGUCCAACUCGGGUUCGGCGCCGGGCGCCAAGAACAACAGCGUCAGCGACCAGGAGCGGGUCAAGCGGCCCAUGAACGCCUUCAUGGUGUGGUCCCGGGGCCAGCGGAGGAAGAUGGCGCAGGAGAACCCCAAGAUGCACAACUCCGAGAUCAGCAAGAGACUCGGCGCCGACUGGAAACUUCUGACGGACGCGGAGAAGAGACCGUUCAUCGACGAGGCGAAGCGACUGCGCGCCAUGCACAUGAAGGAGCACCCGGAUUAUAAGUACCGGCCCCGCAGGAAGACCAAGACCUUGCUGAAGAAAGACAAGUACUCUUUGACCGGGGGGCUCUUGGCGCCCGGGGGCAACGCCGUCAACAGCGCCGUGUCCGUGGGUCAGAGGAUGGACGGCUACGCGGCGCACAUAAACGGAUGGAGCAACAGCGCGUACUCGCUGAUGCAGGACCAGCUGGCGUAUCCGCAGCACCACAGCAUGAACAGCCCGCAGAUCCAGCAGAUGCACCGCUACGAGAUGGCGGGGCUCCAGUACCCGAUGAUGUCCACGGCGCAGACCUACAUGAACGCGGCGUCCACCUACAGCAUGUCCCCCGCGUACACGCAGCAGAGCGGCACCGCCAUGGGCCUCAGCUCCAUGGCGUCGGUGUGCAAGAGCGAGCCCAGCUCGCCGCCGCCGGCCAUCACGUCCCACUCUCAGCGGGCGUGUUUGGGAGACCUGAGGGACAUGAUCAGCAUGUACCUGCCGCCCGGCGGAGACAGCGCGGACCACACGUCCCUGCAGAGCAGCCGGUUACACAGCGUGCACCCGCACUACCAGAGCGCAGGCACCGGCGUCAACGGGACGCUACCUCUCACCCACAUCUGAGGGAAAAGACUCUUAAAAAAAGUACUCGGAUACUUGAACUCUAUGGUUGCUAAAGAAACAUGAACCCUUUUCUCUCUAGUCCAUUUUAUGAAUUUCCAAAUGGACGCAAGAGCGAAAGUCCAUCAGAGUAAAUUGCAAUUGCAAACAAAAAAGAUGAUUUUUAUCACGAGUGUAAGCAAUCAGACUAUUGGACUAUAUUUUAAAUAAUGCCAUAUUUUCUCUCUUUGAAAAGGCAUGUGGCCUCAUGGUGAGGCUGGUGUAUUUGAGGAAAGCUGGAUGGAAAAGUCGCUUCAUAAAUGUUUACACUUAAUUUGUAGAAAGUCAGUUUCAAACAAAAAAAAAAGUAGUUUUCUUCCCAUCACUUCUAGGUUACAAUGACUGUGCGGGUCACAAACGCAAGUUUUAUUUAUAGUUUUUAUUUUUUUAGCUUGUGAACCCGAUUUUCUUUUCUUUUUGUAAAGUUUUUGUUUUGUAAAAAGAAAUGUUCUGUUCUGUGAUGGUUUUUUGACAGUGUCAUGUUUACUCAUUAUUCUGAACGAAAAGGUUUAUUUAAACUGACGUUUCUACAUAUUUUAAGACCAUCCUCUAUUCUUAAAUGCUGAAUAAAUUUGUACGAAACAUGA